UCCUCUCUCUCUCUCUUUCUCUCUCUCUCUCCUUUCCUUAUCAGCCUCUGAAGUGCUCUCGCCGUAUAUCGGCGCCUCAGUGUGCGCGGGUGACCGUGCGCGCGCGUGUGCGUGUUUGCGUGUUCCUGUGCGUGUACGUGUACGGUGUGUCUGCCCGGUGUGCGCGCGCGCGUUGACAGGUGCGCGCUCCGGCGCCCCGUUCAGCUCGUCCCGAGCGGGUAGUAGAAUCGUCCCCGGCCAGGACCGGGAGAUCGGCCUCUCCGACUGCCUGCGGCGACGCUCACGUGCGCCCUUGAAAGUUGAGAAAGCGCCGAAUGAAAUCGAGCGCGACGACGGCUCAGCUUUAAAAGCAAGGCUCGAGCGGAUGAACAGGGGGAGCGCGAGGUAGGGGGUCGCUCCGUCAUCGGCUGGGAGAGGGACUCCUCGUCCUUUAUCAGCCGCGGCUGGGAAUUACAGUAACGGUGCAAGCGGAGAAGAAGCGCGGUAUAGUGGCUUUCACAUGAUCGCCGCGCGACGAAAUGAGGUUACGUGUUUGCGCGAGUGAAGCACCGCGGGAGACGAGAGAAGAAGAAGAAGAAGAAGAAACUGCCGUAGCCGUUGCCACCACCAUCUCCGCCGUCGUCGCAGCUGCUGCUGCUCCUAUAGCUCAUCGUCGGGGUUCGCCAAGGGAGUGAGUGAGGGGACAUCCCGAGUUCGCGAUGCUCAUCCUCUGAUCAUCAUCGCCGCUGCUCCCCCCCCCCCCACCCCUUGACAGCGAGAUAAGCGAAAGCAGCUACAGUCAUCACGAUAAAGGCAGAUUGGAGAUGAACAGCUCAUUGGAACAGGAUUACGAUGAAUUUAAAUUUUCGAGGGAAAAUCAGCUUGAAGAGACAAAUGUAGAAGAAAAUUUACAAAAUUUUAGUAGUAAUUCACCCAGUUCGUUUGGUGAGCCAGAGCGCUGUGAAAUUUGUGAACAAAAGUUUCAAUCUAAAAAGGAUCUUCAAACUCAUGUACUCAUUCAUUUGGGUAAGCCUCGUGUUGUAUUGAAGAGAAUUGCAAACUUAAAAACGGCUAGAAAGGAGACGAGUGAUCAAUAUUGGCUAGAGACGGAGCAAAAAGGCAAUCUGAAGAUUACGCUAAAAAGACAGAGUCCAGUGUGCGACUCUCUAAAAUUGAAAUUAAAAAAAUCACCAGUCUCGGAGGGUUUUACUGUUGUAAGUAGUAACUUCAAUUUGGAUAAGGAAACCUUUAAACAGUACGACGAGCUGGCUGAAGCACAGGAGAAUGACAGCAAAAGUGACUCGGAGGAGGAAAAGACCGCCGAACAAUCUUUUGAAAACGUGAUGGUAAAUCAGGAGAAUAAUUAUGAGGAUGAAAAUUUUGAAUCCGAACCUGAUCACAAUCCAUUGGAAAAUUCUGAAAGAUCUUUAAUGGAUAAUAACGAAGGCGACUCGGGAGUUGGAAGCGAUUCCAUAAAUCCAUUAGAACGAGAAGAUCAAAACGUUGACGAUUUACAAGCAGAUAAUAUUAGUAAUUCGGAUAAUGCUGAAACAGCCGAUAACGAUGAUCCCGAAGAGUCGGAUGCUUUAGAAGCAACGUGCAGAGAAACUAUAGAAAAUCUUAAGAAACUAGGCGAACAAUCAAGUUCCGAUCUCCUAAAUCCUAAUGAAGCUCCUGCGGAAGAAGAGGAGGAGGAGAACGAUGAGGAAGAUCACGCUGUAAAUAUGAUUGAAGAACUGAAAGGCAACAGCGAAAUAAGCAUAGUUCCAAAGUCAGCUCUGAUGCCUGAGCCGACAAUCGUCGAAUCAGGAUCGGAGACGGAAAUUUUACCGGUAAGCGGGGCCUCCGGCUCCAGCACAAGCUUCAACUGGAGUAAAAUCACCGAUGACUCCGAGCGCAAUAAAAGUAGAAGAAGCAGUCAUGAGUCGACGGAUAAAGAUAGCCCGGACAACGCAGAGAGCGCGGGUUCCCUCCUGCAAAACUUUCUUAUCGAGCAGCAACGCAACCAAAACGAGAACAACUUGGCAAACAGUGGCCAACCUUUGGAGACAGAGUACGUCUCUCUGGAGAGGCUAGCCGAGACCGUCAACACGUGUCGCGUAUGCAACGAAAAAUUCAAGGACAUUGCCCACUUGGACGCGCACAGGUCCAAGGUCGGACAUUACCAAUGCAAUAUCCCGGACUGCAGCUCGCUAGUAUUCACCACGCCAAUGGAGGUGUCGGUGCACAAAGCUCAGACUCAUGGAGCGCCGGUACCAACGAGUCUCAGCAGCAUGUCACCCCAUCACUUAUCCCAAAACUCUCCUCACGGCCAUUCCCCGCACCUGAACCAAACAUCGCCGCACCUCAAUACCCAUUCACCUCACUCGCCGAGUUUGCAGGCGACUCAUCCCCCUAGAAACUCACCCAUGACCUCGCCCCACACCACCAGCUCCCCUACUUACAGCGGACAGCCGCCCACGGUUUAUCCACCGGUGAAUCUGGAGCAACUUCCGGCGCCGGUCCAGCAGCUGGCUCAGCAGGUGCAGCGAAUGCCUCUCCCUCAGCCACAGAUAUCCGCGGGCAUGCCCCCGGGGGCUAAUACUAUGAUACCCGGGGCCAACUAUUAUCCCCAACCACCGGGCCGGCCGCCAAUGUACAGGGUACAGGCACCUAUACACUAUCCGCCGCACAUUGCUCACUUGUACCAACAGUACGGAGGAAAUCCCUACCAACAACUGGGCAUGCAGCCACAGGUUCAGUCACAGAUACCUCAACAGGUACCGAGAGGAAGGUAUCCAGCCGUGAUUCCGGGUCAAAGAGCUCCAAGAAUGCCUCAACCGCCGGUACCAGCCGCCGUACCUAGAGCUCGAAUGAAAAGACCAAUGCAACCACAAUCAGGGCAGAUGCAACAACAGAAUCCUAAUACACCUAAGCAGAGACGCAUGGAUGUAUUGAUGCCGGAUCGUAACGAAGAUGCUGAUUGUCAUGUUAUAGCUCAACAAAAGAGAAACGAUGGUUUACCCGUCAUACAAAAUGUCCAAGGUGGUGCUACUGUACAGCAGAGUAAUAGAUCUGAUUCGACCAUUCAUUUGACAGAUUCUAUUACGCUUAGCGUUAGACAGCCUGGUCAUAAUCCAGCGCAAGUCAACGCAAUGGUACAGGGUGGAAAGAAACCAGACCCUUCGGCAGUAGCAAAUGUUCUGGCAGCUCGUGGCAUUACUGUCACCCCUGCAGCUAACAAGAAGGCCAUGGACCAAGCCAAUCAACUGCAACAGCAACAGCAGCAACAACAGCAGCAACAGCAGCAGCAACAGCAGCAGCAAAGUCAGCAGCAACAAAAGCAGCAGCUCAACGUCUCCACGUUAAAUCUUAACUCGGCGAUAUCCAUUAUACCAGCAGCGAGUGCGCAAAGAAAGCAGCAGGAACAGCAGGGACAGUUUGCCAUACCCCAGAAUAAACAGAGCAAGUCAAUGAGCGAAGUGGAGAGACCACCCAGGCCACCUACGGUUGAUCUCACUCAGGAUACCUCUCCACUACCACCCAUCGUACGGAGAGGCAGACCUCCAAGAAUGUUACAGUCACUGACCUGUCAAGUUUGUGAUAAGCGAUUCCAAAGUCAAGAAAUAUUAACUCAACAUAUGGCAACACAUAGGACAACAAACAAGUUACUUCAUAAGUGCAACCUGUGUCCGGCCCAGUAUCCGACCGCGGCCGCUCUCGCGACGCACAAGAAGACGUACCAUAAGGAGGUAGAUGCAACGCUCCAGCAGAACGGCACCACGGAGCUCGCGCUCCCCGUAGUCGACCUCAAAUCGCCCAACACUCUCAGCCGGCUCUCGAACCUCGGCAUACAAAGCUACAUACCACUCUCGCAGUUGAGCGCCCAAACUGGCGGAUACUUCGCACUACCGAUCGUCUCGAUCGACGGCGCGCGGAACCCUAACACAUGCAACCUCGGGGCGCUGGGCGCAACCUCGAUCCUCAGCCUCGGGCCUCUCAAACAUCUCUCGAAUAGGUAACUUGAGUAAGGCCCGCGCAGGGGAAUUUUAAUCUCAGAGGACCGAGCACUGGAUCAAGCUUUUCUUUCGUUGUGCGAGCGUUAAUCGCGUGUAAUUGACGAUGAGGUCUUACCGCCGUAUGCUGAACAAGCCCUUGUCGCCCCCUCCCCACCACCACCCAGCCCCAAAGCUUAAACGAUCGAUCGCUGAUGAUAUAUGAUUCCAGUUUGUAAUUAUUGAUAAUCGACGAGAGCUUUUCGUUUUAUAUUAAUCAUCGACUGUAAUUUUUUACGCAAAGAUUAAUUCGUACAGGCCUACUAUUUAUAUUAUGUACUUGAUUCGUGUAUCUGUUGUUCGCUAGUGCAUUUAAAUCAC